AUGGGGAUCAACGACGAAGGAAAGCUUCCCUUAGGUCGUAGAUACGUUCCGAGAGCUAUUUUGGUUGAUCUCGAUCCAGGAAGCUUGAACGCGGUGAUGUCGGGUCCGUGUGGAAGACUGUUCAAGCCUGACAAUAUGGCUGCAGGUCAGGCUGGCGCGGCGAACAAUUGGGCAAAAGGUUACUACACCGAGGGCGCCGAAUUGGCCGAUGUUGCGUUGGAUCUGAUUCGUUCGGAAGUCGAGGCCUGCGAUUUGAUGCAAGGUAUUCAAAUGGUUCAUUCACUGAGCGGCGGAACCGGCGGCGGAACGUCCGCGUUGCUGAUGACCAAGCUGAAGGAGGAAUAUCCGGAGAGGAUACUAAAGACGUACAGCGUGAUACCGUCGCCGUUGAUGUCGGACGUGGUGGUAGAGCCGUACAACGCGAUGCUCAGCCUGAGCAAAUCGAUCGAGUGCACCGACCAAACGUUUUGCAUCGACAAUCGGGCGCUGCAUCACAUAUGCACGCACGUCCUAAAACUCGCCACGCCGACGUUCAACGAUCUGAAUCACUUGAUAUCCAAUUACGUGUCAGGCAUCACGGCCUGCUUCAGAUUCCCCGGCCAACUGAAUACCGAUCUGAGGAAAUUGCUGGUCAACCUGGUGCCAUUCCCCAGGCUUCACUUCUUCGUGCCGGCGUACGCGCCGCUCCUCUCGCGAAGUGCCCGCCCGUACACGAUCCUGACGGUUCCGGAACUGACGCAGAGGCUAUUUCACGCGAACAACAUGUUCGUUUACUGCGACCCGAGGCUGGCCAAGUUCCUCACGGUGGCUGCGAUCUUUAGGGGCAGGAUGUCGACCAAGCUGGUCGACGAGCAAAUGUUGAACAUACGAGACAGAAACAGUCCGUACUUCGUCGAAUGGAUACCGAACAACGUACAGACCGCGAUGUGCGACGUCGCUCCGCGGGGACUCUCCAUGAGCGCCAGCUUGAUAUCGAACACGACAGCGAUACAGGAAUCGUUUAAAAAAUUAGCGAGCGCGUUCGACGACAUGUUGAAGAAACGAGCGUACUUGCAUUGGUACGCGGCCGAGGGAAUGGACGAGGCCGAAUUUUCCGACUGCCGAUCGACGAUCCACGACCUCGUCUCGGAGUAUCAACGUCAGCAAGAAGCGGUGGCCGAAACUACGAUCGUCGAGGACGAUCUGGCGAUGAUGGAGGACGAGGACUGA